UGCAAGGGUAGUAUCUCUUACAUACAAACUGUCCACAUGAAUUAGUCCUUAGGAUGUUUUAAUUUGGUAGGCGAUGGCAGCCUGUUGACAUCCCUGGGUUCCCCUGCACGUCUCCUUCCACCUCCAUUCAUGUCUCAUGACCAUUGAAACUACCAUCAGCUCGUAACAGGUCGGGUCGCUCAGUCAGAUAGGAAAAAGGUUUGACCUUAGAUAAAUUGGUGUUGUGAAUUGCACAGCACAGCACUGCGUUUACAUUUGAUUUGAAAAGCAGAAAUGCAAAUGUCAAGGGCUUCUUCUUCACAAAGAAUCUCCCAAUUCCAAAUUCUACUCCGCGGCCUUAAUCAUCGCCGCCCCGCGCUCGCCGGUUCUCCUUCACUUAAACCCUCAAUCUCAAAUGCCGCCGCCGCGUUCCGCUCCUCCUCGCUGGCGCCGAUGUUCCCCUCGCAGCGCCUUGGCUUCCGAUUCUUCUCCUCGAAAUUCGACAAAGGUUUUGCGCAGAAGGUGUUGGAUAAACCUGCAGCUGCAGUGACAUCUGCUUUCUCGCGUUACCGCGAGGCAAUUGGGUUGCAAAUCGAGGCAUUCUUCAAGAGGAACCAUCUCUUUCUGUUUGGCGCUGCUGGAGUCGUCUUUUGCGCUAUUCUGUGGAGGAUCCUCUUCGGAGUCGCUAACCUCUUCGUUUCACUCUCCGAAGGCAUGGCCAAGUAUGGCUUCCUCGCCCUUUCAUCUGCUAUCGUUGCUUUUACUGGCUUGUAUAUUCGCUCGAGGUUAACAAUCAACCCUGAUAAAGUUUAUAGAAUGGCUAUGACGAGGCUUAACACCUCUGCUGGGAUUCUUGAAGUUAUGGGUGCCCCCCUUUCUGGAACUGACUUGAGAGCCUAUGUCAUGUCAGGAGGUGGCCUCACCAUCAAGAAAUUCAAGCCAAGUAUUAGGGGCCGUCGAUGUUUUCUCAUUUUCCCCAUUAGAGGCUCUGAGCAAAAGGGGCUAGUCAGUGUCGAAGUCAAGAAAAAGAAGGGUCAGUAUGAUAUGAAGCUGCUGGCCGUUGAUGUUCCUAUGGCUACUGGUCCAGACCAGCGGUUGUAUUUAAUUGGGGAUGAAGAAGAGUACAGGGUUGGUGGGGGACUAAUAUCUGUGCUAAGAGAUCCUGUAGUGAAAGCAAUGGCAGCAACCAAGGAAUUUGAUGAUCUUGAUGAGGUUGAGGAAGAGGAGGAUGCUGAAAAAGAACGUCUGGAAUCUGAAAGAAAGCAGCGUGAAGAAAUUGAAAAGCUCGAAAAGAGUGGCACCUAGUAAUAGGCUUUCGUGAUGUUCCUCUUCUGAUUUAUUCUCUUGUUGAUUACAGCACAGGAGUUGACGUUGUUUAAACACAUUUGUUUUGUAUCAGUUCGAGUUUUCCCUUGAGCUAGAACUUCACCUUGUAUCAGAAAUGACCAAGUUUAUCUGAACCAAAGUUGAGAAAAUAAAGCUGACAGACAGGAUCAACAUGCAUUGGAAUGGACUGAGCGUUUGUUGGUUGCGAUGUUGCCUUGUCUCUAAGUGUCUAAUCCUUGUCUACGAUAUAGAUACUAUCUGCCACGGUUGGAUGUCAUUGCAGGGACCCAAAGUUUUUGACCACCUGUCCCCUUCCCCUUGAAAGUUGUUUCUAGUAUUCUACGUGUGCUUGGUUGGUGCGUCAUUACAAGUUACUGCUAGUGUUGAAAUUCUAAAGUAAAACUCAUUCGGUUACCCUGACCUUCCCCUUGAAAGUUGAUUCUAGUAUUGCUCUGACCAGUUCGGUUGCAGCGUUAAAAAUUUAGCUUGCAUUAAAGUCAUUGAUGACCUGUGUAGCUCAUUCGCCUUAAAAAUGUAGCAAUUGUGUUUGAA